UUGUUAAAGGAAUUGAAUUUGGUGAUUUAAAAACACAAAAAUGGUUAACAUCAUCAAUCAUUAGUUUCUUUUCAUCAAUUUUCCUUGUUCAACCAUUAAAAAUUAUAGCAUUAAUAAUAUUCUUUGCUUAUUUUAUUCGAAAAUCUCAAAAUGAUAAGGAAAUAAAUGAAACUAUUGAUGAUAAUGGAGAUAUUUAUGUGGAUGAUAAUGAAGAAUAUUUACAAUCAGAUAAAAAAAGUUCACCUUUUAUUUAUCGAUCUAAACCAAAUGUACAUCGAUUAACUAAAUAUCAAUUAGAUGCAAUAAGAAAUGAAUGUAUAAAAGAAGCAAAAAUGUGGUCAAUUAUAAAAGAAAUAGUAACAUAUUUAUGUUUUAUUUGUCUUCUUUAUGUAAUUUGUUUUUCAAAUACAAAUCCUAAUGGAUUUUAUCAAGUUCAACAUUUACAAAAUUUCUUUUUAAACACUAGACAAGUUGAUCAAGAUUAUACCACGAUUACAACCAUAAGUGACUAUUGGAAUUGGUUAGAAAAUAGUUUUGUCGAAAAUAGUCGAGCUCAACAAUGGUAUAAUGGUGAAGCACCUCGAAAUUUAAGUGGUUUUGUUAAUGAUAAAUCAAAUCGAUUAAUUGGAUGGAUAAUAAUGAGACAACUACGUGUUAAACAACAAUUAUGUUCAAACAAACAAAAUCUUAUGUUAAUAUGUGAAAAUGAUUAUGAUUUAUUAAAUGAAGAAAAAGAUUCUUUUCAACCUGGAUGGAAACUAAAUAAUGAAACAGUAGGACAAAUCGAAUAUAGUUCAACAAUUCUUCAAUCAUUUCAAUAUCAAAAUGAUGAUCAAUUAGAUUCAUAUAUUUCUCUAGGUGACUUUGAAACGUAUAGUAGUGGUGGUUAUGUAUAUGAAUUUCGAGGUCGAUUAAAUGAUAUUCAAACAAAUUUAUCUAAACUUCAUCAACUAGGAUGGAUUGAUAAUAAAACAAGAGCAGUGAUAAUUGAAUUUAGUUUAUAUAAUCCAAAUGUUCAGUUAUUUACAUCAAUAACUCUUCUUACUGAAUUUUUAUCUACAGGUGGAAUUUAUCCUCAAUAUGAUUUUCAACCAUUUUCAUUUGAAAGCAACAAAAUAAUUGCAAGAUCAGAACCAUUUGGACAUGGUCCUAGAAUCGAAGCGAAUGAUAGUUGUAAGUUUACGUACGCUUUCGGUUCUGAAGUGAUAUGGUGAAGACAUAUUGAUCACAACUGACGAUAAAACGAAUGAAUUUAUUUGCACUUCAGACGUCUGAUCGUCUGCUGAUGACAAAUUUGUAAUUAUAUUAUCCUGGACAUCUACAAUAGUUGUACCCACAUGUUUUAUAAAGCAACAUUCUUUGUACAGAAUAAUACUCACUUUUCAAGGGUGGGUGUAGAUGAGAAUGGCUAAAGGGUGUGAGUGUUGGUUUGGAAAAAGAGUAGUUCAUAUCCAAACAUCCACACCCACUCCUGAAUCCAUCUAAAUCCGCUACCCAUCAACCCACUCCCACACCCACACCCUUAACGGGGAAAAUCCGGUAGAAUAACCAGUCUAAAGUCGAAACCGAACCGGUCUGUUACAUCUCUAACAGACAUUCUUAUACUUCUCCUGUGGAGUGAAGGAGAGUCUUCGGAAAAUGUGAUACAACGAACGUGGAUCCAAUAAUAGUCAAGUGACC